AUGGAUGCCUUUGAUCUUUCCACUGCUCCCCAGGAAUUCGCGUCCUGGGCCACAACACUCUAUGCCUGCAAUAUAUACACCAAUUUCAUAUGGCUGUACGUGUAUUAUGGGAUGAUCUACCGAUCCUACAUGGACAAGUCCUUUGCCAUGCCACUCAUCUCCCAGUGUCUCAACAUAGCGUGGGAAAUCGUUUUCGGCUUCUUGUUCUCCCAGGACCACUGGUUUAUAACUCUUUCCUUCCAAGCCGCAGUCAUAUCCAACUGUGGCGUGAUCUACGCAGCAAUCAAAUAUGGCGCCCGAGAGUGGGACAGAUCUCCUAUGAUACAACGCAACCUGCCCUGGAUUUACAUAGGUGGAACGCUCUUGGCAAUUGUAGGCCAUAUCUCUCUUACCAAAGAGCUCGGCAUGGUGAGGGCUUGCUUUCAGGGCGCAAUCGUAUGUCAGGCUAUCCUAAGUGUGGGAUAUGUCUGUCAGCUUUUAGUGAGGGGGUCUACGCGUGGUUUCUCUCUUAACUUAUGGUUCUUCCGAUUCACGGGCUCUCUUGUCAUGGUUCCGGAAUUUUACAUUCGUGUCAACUACUGGCCGGACGCUUUUAGCUGGUUGGGUGAGCCUUUCAUGCUCUGGUGCUGCUUCAUUUAUUUGGGCUUUGAUCUGGCAUAUCCGGUGUUUUUCUGGUAUAUUCAGAGGCAUGAGAAGAAGGAGGCGUUGGCGAAAAAUCUCAAGAGUAUGUAA